AAUAAUUUAUGCCACCGACGAGAACGUUGCGGAAUGACCUACAUUUGAGAAAAUAUACGUUUUAACGUCAAAAUAUGCCUGCAAUUGAAGUGACAACACCAACACAGGUGGAAGAGCCGAAAAAUGACGAGGAAAACUACAAAACUCCGGUGAUCGGUAUCAUCUACCCCCCUCCAGAAGUUAGAAAUAUUGUUGACAAAACUGCAAGUUUUGUUGCCAGAAAUGGACCAGAGUUUGAGUCUCGUAUUCGACAGAAUGAGCAGAAUAAUGCCAAGUUCAACUUCCUGAACCCUGCUGACCCUUACCAUGCCUACUACCAACACAAAGUCAAGGAAUUCAGAGAGGGGAAAGGUCAAGAGCCCCAGGUGCCUAAAGGACAAGCACUGGGUCUGAGCAAGCCUCUGGAGGUUGCCAAGAUCAUUCAAGAGCCAGUCAUACCCACUGAGCCACCACCUGAAUUUGAGUUCAUAGCUGACCCUCCCAGUAUCUCUGCUUUUGAUCUGGAUGUAGUUCGGCUGACAGCACAGUUUGUAGCAAGGAAUGGUCGUCAGUUCCUCACCAAUCUGAUGAACAGAGAACAGCGCAACUACCAGUUUGACUUUCUUAGACCACAGCACAGUCUCUUCAACUAUUUCACCAAACUUGUUGAACAGUACACAAAGGUGUUGAUUCCACCCAAGGACUUACUUGGAAAAUUGAACAAGGAAACCGCAGAAUAUCAGAAUGUUCUAGACCAAGUAAAGUAUCGUGUAGACUGGGCCAAGUACCAGGAGAUGCAGAGAAGAAAGGAGGAAGAAGCAGCUGAAAGGGAAAGAGUGGCAUACACUCAGAUAGACUGGCAUGAUUUUGUUGUUGUAGAGACAGUAGAUUUCCAGCCAAAUGAGCAAGGUAAUUUGCCACCACCCACCACACCAGAUGAAGUCGGUGCACGUGUACUGGCCCAAGAAAGACACGGAAAGAGAGGGGCUGAGGAUGAGAUGGAUGUGGAGUCCGGAGAGUCAGAGUCUGAGGAUGAGGAUUCUGAUGAGGAAGAAGAAGAGGAGGAGGUACAGAGGAUGACAAACAUACAACCCUUGCAAACACAGGCAAUGGAGGAUUCGGAGGAGUCCUCUGACGAGGAUGAGGAAGAUCAGGACAAGGACAGGCAGGAAAUCAGACCACAGCAGAGGAUGCCGCCAGUCCCUGCUCCCCCACCUCCGCCACCACCCAGUGAGAUACCACAGCCACCACUACCACCUACACCAGAUCAGGUGGUUAUCAGGAAAGGAUAUGAUCCCAAAGCUCGAACUAUCCAGCAAGAGCCGCCUAGUGAGCAGUACCUGGUAUCGCCCAUCACUGGAGAGAAGAUCCCUGUAGACAAAGUACAGCAGCACAUGAAGAUUGGAUUGUUGGAUCCAAAAUGGAUCGAUGAGCGUAAUAGGCAGAUCCAGGAGCGAACAGAUCAGGAGGAAGUGUUCGCUGCUGGUUCCUCGAUCGAGAGCAGUUUGAAACACUUAGCCGAGAGACGUACUGAUAUCUUCGGAGCAGGAACUGAAGAAGCUGGCAUCGGUAAAAAGCUUGGAGAAGAAGAAGAUGAAGGAAAGAAGGACAAAAAAGUGGUGUGGGACGGACAUACGGCAUCUAUGGAGAAAGUUGCCCAGAAAGCUCGAGAAAAUUUCUCUAUUGAUGAACAGAUUGCAAACAUUCACAAAGUUAAGGGUCUUGUACCUGAUGCUGAGAAAGAGAAGAUUGGUCCAUCUAGGACAAUGGGGGCAGCUAUUCCACCUCCACCACCGCCAAGCAAGCCAGCGCCACCCAAGCCAGCUCCACCAAAGCAGCCACCACCCCCGCCUGCAUCAUCAGUCCCAGGUCCACCUGUGAGCACUGCGCCACAGGCCCUGAAGAGACCAAUGGUGGCUAUACAGCCACCACCACCUGUGCCACAACAGGUGAUGAUGAUGCCACCAAGGCCACCGCCCAUGCAGGUCAUAGGAAUGCCCCCAGGUCCACCCGGUAUGAUGGUUGCCCAGCCAAUGAGGCCACCAGGUUUCCCAGCACCUCCACCCAUGGUUCGCCCCCCAGCUGCUCAGCCAGUGACCACACAGGAGGAUGAACCACCUAGCAAGAAACAGAAAACUGAAGAACAGCUGGUACCAGAGGAGGAAUGGCUUAAACAACAUAAGGGCAGCGUAAAGUUCCGUGUUGUUGCACCCAACAUGCCAGACAAACCCGAGUUCAAUCUCAAAGGACAGACUCUCAACUUCUCUUUGCCAUAUACUGAUAAUGUGUCUGUAUUGAAGGCAAAGAUCAAUGAAUCUUUAGGAUUGCCAGGUGGUAAACAGAAGUUACAGUAUGAUGGACUGUUUAUCAAGGACUCUAACACACUGGCAUUCUACAAUUUCGUCAAUGGAGGAACAGUCCAGCUGCAAUUGAAGGAGAGAGGAGGAAGAAAGAAAUAAUUGCAUCAUCUGGUGGAUAGAGAGAAGAAUGAAUAAAUUUAUCUGAUAAUUUACUAUUAUGACGUUCAGUAAAACUUUUUGAGAGGAAAAAGUGGAAUUAAUUUUGGCAUGCAAACUUAAAGAAAGAAUAAAAACAGAUUAGCUAGUGUUACUUACAUGGUGUGAAUUAUUUUUAUACAUGUAUUUAAAGGUUUCUCUAAUUGCAGUAGGCUUUAAAAGCGAACAGCAUGGAUCCUGACCAGACUGCGCGGAUGCGCAGGCUGGUCUGGAUCCAUGCUGGUCCCAAACCCACUAGGUUGGUUUUCCCGUGGCACGGCUCAUAUAUUUUCCUCAAACAAAUUGUUUGCCAAAUAUGUACGUUUCUUCGUGCAUGGCUUCAGGAAUCAGAACAACAAAAAUUUAGGAGGAUCUACCUAAUGAUUUGAAGAAGUUGCUAAUAUAUGACAAUGUUUUAUACAUGCUAGGCUGAAGUUUUACUUUGAAUUUCUAAAAUCUUGUAUAUAUUUUUUGUCAAAUCGUAUAUAACAAUUUUUUAUGUUACAUGCUUUUGCCUAUGAAUAUUUAAAAAAUAGUCUUUGGUGAAAAAGUAGUCCUUAGGGAGAAAGAAAUCUUGGGUGAAAAAGUAGUCCUUGUUGAAAAAAGUCUUUGGUGAAAAAGAUUGGGUGUUCCUCAGCAAGAUGUAAGUGUGCAAGGAAUAGGAUUUUUGCUUUAAAAUUUCUACUUUUAUCAAAUACUAAGCUGAAAUUUUCACUUUUUGUGUUUGAAUCAGCCUUUAUUGUCUGAUUUUGGCGUAUGUGAUGAAAUGUGAAUACAGAUAUAGUUCUAAAUGUCGUAAUCAUCAUUCCUCAAGCAGCUUGUGUUAGUACUUGGUCUUGCUUGUGCUACAUGUUUUCAGUCAGAAGUUGUUUUCUAUGAGACGAGACACUGCAACCAGAUAGAAUUUAUGUAAUAGAGCCAUGAUACGUAUCAUUGGUAACAUUGCCUUAAAUCUAAAAACAGUUUUUACAAUACAUUAGACAUUUUCCUGCCAGUUUGAAACAUUAUUCCAAGUACAUUUCAAAAGUUUGUACCAAAGGUCACAAUUACAAACUUAACAUUUUAAUAAAUUUUGUAGUGUUAUCUUUACUAGAAAAAUGACGAGUCACUUUAAUAGCCAUGAAAAUUUGACUGGAUUUGUGAAGUUUGUGUUCGUUUUUGUGAAAACCUGUUGAGUUUGGUAUGUAAAUGGAACAGUGUGAUGAUGCCUUAUGAAAUUUUUACUCACUUGAAUUUCAUUCGAACAUUUAUUAUUUACUGCACUAUAAAUAAUGCCCUCCUUUACAGUCACUAUGGCUGCCAUUGAGGGACAGAUAAUAGCCCACAGGUCGAAGUAACCAGUGCGCCAGAUAAACAGAACUUUCACCCUUUCUUAAGUUUGUUACAUAGCAACAUCAGUACGGUAUAAAAUUUAGUUUCAUUAUGUAAUAAAAAGGUUAAUAAACGUUUUGUUUGUACCUUUGGGCUGUAAUGGCACACAUAGUUUCGUAAUGGCACUACAGGUUGUGCAGCCAUUAUGACCAGAAGGUAUGCUGCAGAUACUUAUUACGGUCUUCAGUCAUUUGUACAUUUAACAUCUGUAUGCAAGUUAAUGAUUUUAGAUAUUCAUGUUUAAAAACAUUUUUGUUUGUAAACAUGGAGUUUUAUAGUGAUUAUUGUUUCAAUAUUAGUUUACCAUCAAAUGAAAACUGUAAAAAUUAUCAUUCAGAACAAAAUCUGAAAAAAAAUUUGGAAAAUUAGAUGUCCUGUUUCUUCUAUGUCAUAUUUUGAACUAAAUUGGAUGAAAUGAAAUAAAAGCCUUUCAUAUA